AUGAGUGACGACGAUCUCGAUGAUAGCCCAGGGCAGAUGCCAUCUUCUUCAGCAGCACAUGCUUAUUAUGAUGAAGAGGUUGUUGAUGUUGAACCGACAAUUGUUAGCCUAUUGGCUUCACUGAAUUUGGAAGAAGUUCGGCAUCGACGAACAAGUGACGAGGACGAUGAUUUGCUCCGAAUAACCCAUCAACGAAUACAUGCUGUCAUCAUGCAGGACCAAGAUGAUGCAAGAAGGCGGCGUCUACGAAGGGCAUUGCCACCGUCAAAUUGUGUGCGCGAGCAGAUUUUCUAUCUACGACGGCUUCCUCAUAACUCAGUGCCAGCUCCAUCAUACUAUCCGAGAUUGUUUAGCGCUCUGGAUUGUAUUGUAAAGGAAUCGUUCGAUGAAGAAUACCGGAAAGUAGCUAUUAUUCUGGGCCUUGUCGAAAGUUUGGCCGAGUUGCUGGUCCUAGAACUGACCGUGUUCGAGUUCCCCCCUCGGAACGAACAUCGCUCGCUUCGAAAGCUGAUUGCCAAUGCCCUCACCAAUCUGACAUAUGGUCAUGCAGCGAGUAAACGUCGUCUGUGUUUCUACUCAGGAUUCAUACCGACAGUUGUAAGAAUACUGAACGAAGCAAGGAAUUUGGCGCAGGUUAUGCGCGGCUGUGAGGCGUUCGUUUUCUUGUCGUCGCCAUCGUUCUCGGCGAUAUUGUUGUUUACAAGGCGGGGAGAAAGGGGCUAG